GCUGCCCGCUUCUGCACCCGCUAACCCACCCCUGCCCUUCUCUCUCUUUCUCUCCUCUCUCUCUCUCUCUCCUCUCUCCUCUCUCUAGCUCCUUGCAGCCCAUUUCUCCAAGUGGAAUCCCGUAACCCUCAAGACGGAAAGGUCUCCGAUGAAGAAGCCGAGCGGUAUCCGACGCCUCGAACUCGGCAGCGCCAUCGAAAUCGGAGGCGACCGCCUCGUGAUCCGCCUGCCGGAGCCCCGCCUUCUCCGCCUGGUCGCCCGAUCGGUGCUUCUUGCCGCCGCCGUCUUCUCCUUCACCUGGCUCCGAGCCGCCAUCCUCCGCCUCGGCGACGUUGGUGGGGUCGCGGUAGGCCAGCGGGCCCUCGACAGCGACGCUACCUUCCUCCCUAGUCUCCUCGGCGAUCUGAGGCGCCGUGGCCUGCUUCGCCCCGAGGACAACGCCGUCCUUCUCAACGAUCCGAUCGCUGGCGAUCGAGGGAUCGAGGUUCCGGACGGCUCCGCUGACUUUGUGUUCGGAGCCUCUACCGGCGAUUUCGAACAAAUCGAUCGGAUCCUCAAGAUCGGCGGCGUCGUGGCUGUCAGAUUGAGCCCUGAUUCAUCGGAUUCCUUCAUCCCGCCGGCGAACUACCGCAUGGCUUACGUCGGCUGCAUUGGUUCCGCCACCAUGGUGGCGAUGAGGAAGUCCUCCGCGAGUGGUGAAGGGCUGAAAAUGCGGCGGCUGCUAUCGCUGCCGGAGGCGAAGAAGAAAGCGCUGAGAGGGCUGGAAGAUGCGCUGUUGGAGCCGCCGAGACCGGGGCAACAGGGGCGGCAGCGAAGGGCGAGAUACUUGCCGGAGCUUACGGGGGACGAGCUGGAUGGGUACCCACGGCGGGUAUUCGUGGAAAUGGUAGCGGCGGGGGAGGCGGGCAGCGGUGAGUCGUGGUUCAAGCGGAACUACCCAAGAAAGGGCCGGGCCUUCGACGUCAUCCGACUGGAGAUGAAAGACGACGAAGAUGAGGCCGUGAAGGCGGAGGAGGGGGCGACGGCAUCGCUGGCGGAGUGGCUUGAAAGGAACGUGAAGGAGGAGGAGUACGUGGUGGUGAAGGCGGAGGCGACGGCUGUGGAGGAGGCGAUGGCGGAGGGGGCGAUCGGGCUGGUGGACGAGCUCUUCCUGGAGUGCGAUCACCAGUCGUGGGAGGCCGAUGAGAUGAGGGAGAAGGUGAAGAAGAGGGCGACGAGGGGCGGGCAGCGGGCUUACUGGCAGUGCCUCGCCCUCUACGGGAAGCUGAGGGACGCGGGCGUGGCAGUUCACCAGUGGUGGAGCUUCUAAAACAAGAUGAAGAGAAGAAAAGAGAAAGAGAGGAGAGAAGAGGACAGAGUGAGAGGGAGCGGAAGGGAAGGGAAGGGUUGCGGAGUGGUUGUGUUGGAGGGGAAGGAGUAUGUCUUGUGACAGUGAUUAUAUAUGG